AUGGCUUCCCAGAGUCACCUGCCCUACAGCGAGCGUGCUCAAAAACACCCACAUCCUCUUGUCAGGCGACUCUUUGAAAUAGCCGAACGGAAAAAGACCAACGUGGUGCUGUCGGCAGACCUGACUACGACCAAGGAACUUUUGACCAUCGCCGACAGUAAGUGGAUUGAGCGAUACUCCAGACUUCGUCUCCCACUUGCCAGAUUUGUCCUGUGGGAGAGCGAAACCAUUGAGAAACUGAUCGAACACAUUCUUACAUUUGUUGUUCGUCUCAUAGGUCUGGGUCCGCACAUUGCCGUGCUCAAGACGCACAUCGACAUUGUCUCUGACUUCGGUCCUGCCACUGUGGAAGGACUGGCCCAGCUCGCCCAACGUCACGACUUUCUUCUGUUUGAAGACAGGAAGUUUGUUGAUAUUGGCAAUACCGUCCAGAAGCAAUAUAGGGGGGGAGCGUUCCGGAUCCACGAAUGGGCCCAUAUCGUCAAUGCCACCAUCCUCCCGGGUGAGGGCAUCAUUCAGGCACUGGACCAGUCCAUCCAUGACGGUGGGAUUCGUGAACGAGGCAUUCUAAUUCUGGCCGAAAUGACCUCAAAGGGAUCACUGGCAGUGGGCGAGUACACUCGAAUAUCGGUCGAGAUUGCAAGAAAAUAUCCCCAAAGUGUCCUGGGCUUCGUGUCAACAAGGGAGUUAUCCAGCCAUUCUCCUGGCGCCACACGGGAGGAAGACUUUGUAGUGUUCACAACCGGUGUCAACAUGUCCAGUAAAGGAGACACUCUGGGCCAACAAUACCAGACGCCUACAACAGCAAUGGAAGGCGGAUCCGACUUUCUUAUUGCCGGAAGAGGGAUAUAUGCUGCGACUGAUCCGGUGAGUGCAGUCCAGGAGUAUCAAAAGGCCGGCUGGGAGGCAUAUGAGCGUCGUGUAGGCUCAGCCAGUGGAUAA